AUGCAAAAGGUUGAGUAUCCUACUGGUAGUAUCUUCUAUCGGUUGGUAUAUUUGGAGGUAUAUACAGGUAAACCGGCGUGGUGGAAUCUACUUAUGUUCAUGCUCGAUACUUCGCCUAACUUACAAGUCCUCAAGCUCCUCAUCGAUCAAUGGCAUAAGAUUGAAGAUCAUGUGGUCUGUGAGAAAUGGAACCAACCAAAGACUGUUCCUGAAUGUUUGUUGCUCCAUCUUGAGACAUUUGUGUGGGAAGGCUACGAGGAGAAACGAAAAGAAGAGAAAGAGGUAGCAAAAUAUAUACUAAGGAACGCUAGUCGUUUGAAAAAGGAGAGUCUUUGA